AUAUAAAUUAAUCAACUAAUACAUACAAAAUUUUAGGUGAUGAAUAAUUGUUUACAUGUCCCAAAAAAGAGAGAGAGAGUCUUGUUUGUCAAGAUCUAGGGUUUCUUCCUUCCUAUCUCCUCUUUUUUCAUAAACAACAGCAAAACUCAAAUUUGGUUUAUUUGAUGAUUUGCCAGAAUCAAUACCUCGUGUUCUCUAAACAAGAAUAUUUUUUCUGUCUUCUACAAAACUCACUCUUGUUUUAUUUACAGUCGUAAACGCGGCUCGAAUCCCUAGCGAAUUCAAUUUCAUUCAUUUCUACCAAAUCAUUAACCCUAAAAGUCUCUGAUCAUGAUCAGGUUUGUUUUGUGUACAAUCUGUCUGAAUUUUUUGUAAAGAUUAAGGAAUCAAGAAAAGAAAUGGCGGGGAGCGACCAAACGGGGUGUUCGAAAACAAGAACAUCCCGAGAGGAUCAAGAAGAUGAGAGUGAAAGUGAAGAAAAUGAUGAAGAUAAAAAUGGAGGAGGAAGCAGUUCAAGAAAUAGUACAGUUGAAGAGAGUGAUAAAAAGCUUUCGGUUCGGCCUUAUGUUAGAUCUAAGAUGCCGAGACUUCGAUGGACUCCUGAACUUCAUCUUUGUUUUGCAAAAGCUGUUGAAAGACUUGGUGGUCAAGAUAGAGCUACUCCUAAAUUAGUUCUUCAAUUGAUGAAUGUUAACGGACUUAGCAUUGCUCAUGUCAAGAGCCAUCUACAGAUGUACAGAAGCAAGAAGAUCGAUGACCCUAAUCAAGUCAUGGCUGAUCAUAGGCAUCUUGUGGAAAGUGGAGAUCGAAAUAUUUAUAAUUUUAGCCAGCUUCCCAUGCUACAAGGAUUCCACCAACGCCACAGAUAUGCAGAUGCUUCUUGGAAUGCACGACAAAACUUUGAUUAUAAUUCUCAUAUGGGUCGGUGUUUAAUCAACGAAACAAGACAAGAAUUCUACGGAAAUGCAGCUGAAAAAAUCUUUGGAGCCAACAACAGAAAUUAUUGGAAUACUACUAAUUACACUUUCCAAACAGGUUCUUCCUCCUUUACUACACACUCUACUACAUUAACCAAAAUGGAAGAUCUCAAAGGCGAACUGCUCCGAUCACCGGAAAAUCAUAAAUUCUGGCAGCCUAAAGCAAGAACUACCGACAUUCAAGAAAUGAAAUCAUCGUUAAAACGAAAGGCGAAUACGGAUUGCAAUAAUCUUGAUUUGGAUCUUUCACUGAAGUUAGCAAGAACCACCGAGGAUCACGGAAGUAUCCGGCCGCCGCCGUGGGGAUUGGAGGGAAAUGAAGUUGAUAGUGAGCUAUGUUUAUCUUUAUUCUCACCUUCUUCUUUAAAGGUUAGUAGAUUGAAGAGAGGAGAAGGUGAUGAUGAUAGUAAUAGAAAAGAAGAUGGUAAAAUUAGGACAAGUACUCUGGAUCUGACUAUAUGAAUUAGACAAUGUUAAUUCUAAGUGAGAUCUUGAGGUACUUGUCCAAAAACGAUGCAUCAUUGUCUUUUUAAUGAGUUCAUUACUACUACAAAUACAAAUUAUUAGUCACCAUUGCUUUCUAA